UUUUCACUGCCGCGAUGUAAUUGGUCAUUUCCUCGGUUGGCGAUGAGGUUCGUGCGUGACGGGGUGGUCGUCACGCACAGUGACGGAAAUUAGCAAGAGCACCGCACAGACCACGCAACAACACACAACCUCUGACAUGGCUGUGACAGCUGACCACAUCCGGGAUAAACUCAUUAAGGAGCUCGCGGCGGUGCACGUGGAGGUGGAGGAUACAUCACCCAACAGAUGUGCUGCCAGCUUCAAAGUCCUAGUGGUGUCGUCCCAGUUUGAGGGCAAACCACUUCUACAGAGACACAGGAUGGUGAAUACGUGCCUAGCCGAGGAGCUGAAAGAGAUCCACGCUUUUGAACAGAAGACCGUCACUCCAGAACAGUGGGAGAAACAGAAGUCACAAUGACACACACACGCACGCACGCACGCAUAUUAUAUCAUACUCACAAGUUUAGAAAUGCUAAUAUAAAACAGGUCAUCUACAUAUCUGACACACUCUUUAGUUUCCUGUAAAUCAAUGUUACUGAGAGAAAUCUAAAGGAGUGUUCUGGUGACAAUAAAACCCCUGAUGCUGUA